GUCAGCUCUCAAGAUCUCACUCUCAUGCACCGCCUUGCCCUCUCAUUCACCAGGCGACCUGUCGCUCGCCGUCUUGCGCUCAUACCGUCUUGCCCGCCUACCCUAUCGCCGCCUGCAUACCCUCGCCCCACUGCUGUCCUGCUGUCCUGCUCGCACGCCGUCUCGCCGGUCUAUCGUCUCACCUGCUAUCUCACACACCCGCCGUCUCACACACCUGCCGUCUUACUCACCCGCCGUCCACCGUCUUGCACGCCCAUCGUCUCGCACACCUGCCGUCUUGCUCACCUGCCGUCUUUCUCACCUGCCAAUUCACUGGCCUACUGUCUGGAGUGCCACAUGCAGUGCCACAAGGGCACGCGGAAACGCCACGAGGGCGUCAAGACUGCGGGGAUGCGGGCAACUCGAGCAGGUGAGUACCCCCACGCACGGUCUCAGGUGAGACAACACGCGAGGACGGCGACGGGCGCACAUAGGGCAACUGCCCCAGAUGCAAGCUCACCGCAUGGCACGCGGACACAGCGCGCGGACACAGUGCGCGGACACAACGACGAGCUGGGAGGAGUGCGAGAGGUCAGCGGGCACAGGGUAUGGCAACGUACAAGGGCGCCCAGACAGUGCAAGCACAAGCAGGGCGGGGGUGGACGAGUGGUGAGACGGGCGAGCAAAAAGACGGGAAGUGGCGGCGACGUGCUGCACGACGCGCACGGCGACGACGUGUACCAAGGGCCAAUGCCUUUUGCGCAGACAUGACCGAUGAACGGCGGCGGGCAGACGAGCGGGCGGGCGGGAGCGCACGCCGACCGCGCGCGCGCUGGGCAACUACCCGGCACACGAACAUGGCCAACGAACGCGCGCAAGGCGAGCGCGUCAGUGGG